CUUCUUGCUUCUUUACUUGUGAUUUCAUCAGUAUAAAGGACUCUCAGUGUGGAAACUUCUUCCUACUGUAAUUUAGUCUUAAAGAGUUGCUUGGGGAGCCUGCUUAUGACUUCACUUUGCUGUUUUUGUGUCAGAACCAAGACUCAAAUCUCUUGUCCUCCUGAGUUGUAUCUCUUAAGUAAUUACUUAUUCUUGUGCUAAUGGGGUACACAUAAGUAAUAACAUAACCUGUUGAAGCACUAACCCCUCAGUAAAAAUGCCAACAAGGCCCCAAAAAACUUGAUUCACAAUCAGUAAAAUAAAAUGCAUGUAAAUUUUUAGAAAUUUAUAGAAAUAACAGAAAGUUAAUGUUGUGUUCUUUAAUAAUCAACUUUUUGGCCACAAAUCCUAUUCAUUUCUUAUAUAAUAAAACUAUAGUAGUGCUAUGUAUUCUUUUUUUAUUCUUUAAAAAAAUUUUUCUAUACUUAUAGACAACUUUUUCUUUUUUUAUUAAAGCUUUUUAUUUUCAAAACAUAUGCAUAGGUAAUUUUCAACAUUCAUCCUUGUAAAACCUUGUAUGCCAAAUUUUUUCCAUUCCUUCUCCCCACUUCCUCCCGUAGAGGGCAAGUAAUUCAAUAUAUGUUAAACAUGUCCAAUUCUUCUAUAUAUAUUUGCACAUUAUAUCUUAUAGCACAAAUUACUAUAUUCUUAAAGUAAAUUAAGUGCUACCUCUCUCCUAGUAAUAAUGUCAUUUGGUAUCUCUUUCAAUAGUCCUUGCAUUUUAACAGAUGCCAAAAUCUUGAAACAAAAUCAGUUACCAACCUUGAGCCUAUGAGGAAUAAGGAGGCCUUUCCUGAUUCCUCUUCUUCUUUAGGAUCCUUCUUUGUGUACAUAGUCUGACCUCCAAAUAGAAUAUACUCUUUGAAGGAAAGACCAAAUCAUAAGGAUCUUCAGUUUCUCCUUUUAUGCCUAAGGAAACUGUUUGGCUUAGUUGAUGGCUGAUAACCCUUAGUUUUAUAUAUAGUAAGUCUUAAUACUGAUUGAAUUAAAAUUUGUCCAUUUCAGAUUUCCCUGGGCUGGGACUGGGGUGAGAUAGGGUGAUGGAGUAUAUUUGGGGAGUUAAGAGGAAUAAUUGAAAGUAGCCAACUACUUAUAAAGUAAAACCAGUAUUCUUGAUCAAAAUUUUUUUUUUUUUGCUAAGAAAACUUGGUAACUGAUAAAAAAAAGGAUAAAAAAUGUAUAUUAUGAAUUUUAAUAUUAUACAAGUUAAAAUCUGUGUCUGUGUGUGUGUGUGUGUGUGUGUGUGUGUGUGUAUUAGUUUCUCCUACAUUUUGUAACAAAGCAUUUCAAGGAAUUUUAUUGAAAAAUCCAUUUGAUCUGAAAUCUUAGUGAACUGAUUUCCCCUAAAGACUUGCUAAGUGCUAAAAAAAAAAAACAAAAACAAAAAAACAAAAAAAACUUGAGCACUACUAUCUUCUCAGCAUUUUUGUGAGAAUCUUGGGGGAACCUCUGGCACUCAUUUGGAAAACUCAGAUAAGAUGAUCUCAUAAUUGAUACCAGCAUAAAUUUUUGAGAUAUCUAGGGACAAAUUAAUGCUACCAACUAAUUUUUAAAAAUAACUUGCCUUGCCAUUAUAUAAAAGCUUGAUUUUAUUAAAAAACAAAAACAAAAACAAAAACCUUUCCUCACUCUUCCCUCUCCCAAUAUCACAGCUUAUUUGACUUUUAACUUUCCAUUUACUUGUAAAAAAAAUUUACAUUUCUGUCUGUUGAAAAAGAUUGUUAAAAAUGUAAUGCUGUUACUAUUCCAACAUCAUCAGGUUUUUUUUGUUUGUUUUGUUUUCAUUUUAGGUGGACAUGAACCAUAUGUAGAAAUAAUUGAACAGCCUAGGCAAAGGGGCAUGCGUUUUCGUUAUAAAUGUGAAGGACGGUCAGCAGGGAGCAUUCCAGGAGAACACAGUACAGAUAAUAACCGAACAUACCCAUCUAUACAGAUAAUGAAUUGCUAUGGGAAAGGAAAAGGAAAAGUGAGGAUAACUCUGGUAACAAAGAAUGAGCCAUACAAACCACAUCCCCACGAUCUAGUUGGAAAAGACUGUAAAGAUGGCUACUAUGAGGCUGAAUUUGGUCAGGAACGCAGAGCUCUGAUUUUUCAGAAUUUGGGGAUUCGAUGUGUAAAGAAAAAAGAAGUUAAAGAAGCCAUCAUUUCACGAAUUUCAGCAGAAAUUAACCCUUUCAAUGUUCCAGAUCAAGAGUUACUCAACAUCGAAGACUGUGAUCUCAAUGUGGUAAGACUCUGUUUUCAAGUUUUUCUUCUGGAUGAACAUGGCAAUUUAACAUCAGCUCUUCCUCCUGUUGUCUCCAACCCAAUUUAUGAUAAUCGAGCACCUAAUACUGCAGAAUUAAGGAUCUGUCGGGUAAACAAGAAUUGUGGAAGUGUCAAAGGAGGGGAUGAGAUAUUCCUACUCUGUGACAAAGUUCAGAAAGAUGACAUAGAAGUUCGAUUUGUGUUGAAUGAGUGGGAAGCUAAAGGUAGCUUUUCCCAAGCAGAUGUACAUCGGCAGGUAGCCAUUGUAUUCAGAACACCACCAUUUUAUAAAGAAAUAACUGAACCCAUAACAGUAAAAAUGCAGCUUCGAAGACCUUCGGACCAGGAAGUUAGUGAAUCCAUGGACUUUCGAUAUCUGCCAGAUGAAAAAGAUCCAUAUGGUAAUAAAUCAAAGAAACAAAAAACAACUUUAGAUCUCCAGAAGCUGCUCCAAGUUAGCUUUCCAGAAAGAUCAAAAGCUGGUCCUCCCCGAUCAACUGGAGAAGUGAGAAUCAUCAAAAAAGAAAUGUCAAGAACUCCAGGAACUAUGCAUCAAGUCCCAUCUUACUUUCCUUCAUCCUUUGUGUCAAGUUCAAAUACAAUGUCACAUCCAGCUUCAUCUUUAUCUUCAAUGGGAACUUAUCCUUCUUCAAGCUGGCCUUCAAUGACUCUUCCUACAUCAAUAAACUCAAUUAAUACACAUUCACCAAAUGGUUUUCCAACAGGGACACUUUCCUCUGGAUCACAGAGUUGCCGGUCAUACCUGGAAACAGCUAAUGUUUCAAAUAGUCUAGAUACUUCUGAUCCUUGCCUUUUCAACAAUGGUACAAAUGGAAUUGGAGCUCAGUCCCUAUCCCAGGCUGACCUUUUUAGUGUGAAUACCAGUAUGUUGCAGAAUCGUCCCAUGAAUAUUACGACGCCCAACAGUGACAGUAUGAUGGAGACCGAGACGCCAUUUGUGAGCAUGAAACUUGAGAGCUCAUCGUACAACUCUGUGUUAACCCCAAGAGACUACAGGCGGCCACUGCAUCUGACAUCUUCUGCCAGGGUGUCUGCAGUGGGCUCCAGCACCAGCCCUCCUCUCCUUGUGCCACAGGCAGAUGUGUUUGAUGCCGUAGAUUUUACUUGUCUAGAGAACAGUACAGUAAGUGAAUCUAAAUCAUCAGGCAAUCCUAAUUCAAAUAACCCAAGUUUUAUGCCUAAUAGUCAGUGUUAUGUUAAUGAUAAUAUGCAAAGUGAAGAUCAUUUUAAUUCCUUUGAAGUCAAUUUAGAUUUUUUUAGUGCAGGACUUGUCUAAUUGAAAUGGAGUGUAUAUCUUUUGAAUACAUAAUUGCAUAUCAUUUUAAGAUUCUGUUUUGAAUUUUAAGAUGCAUCAUUUUAUACUUAUCUUAUGCACUGGAGCCUUGCUAUAAUAUAGAUGCUAUAAUAUAUGGUAUAUAAAUUUGAUGUCUUUUAAUGGAUCAUGUAGCAGAGGAGGUUGCCAUAGAAGUGUCCAAAGUAUUCUUUGCAAUAAGGUUUCACCUAUGGCUUUGGUUUUAUUGAAGGGAUUACUUGAAGAGGGUGCUUAUAUCAAGGUUCCAGUACACAAGCAAAUAAACUUGCCCCCCAAAAAAAGGUACUUCAAAGACAUUUCACUCUAACAACUUUAUAUAUGCCUGUGUUUUUAAUGAAUUAUCUCAAAUUUGCUUUGAAGCAAAUUUUACAUAGAUACUGUAAUGACCAUGUCAUUGAAAAAAAAAUUUCAGCAUUAUUAUUAUAGGCAGCAGGUGCCCCCAAGGGGUCUCUUGUGGCCAUUUGAUAUAAUGUGUAGAUUUGCUGGUUGUUAAUAAAGCCUGGGCCUGAAGAAUAGAGGAUUGGGAUCAUCUGGAGUAGGCAGCAAGUUUCCAAGAAAUUAUACUAUUUCAUAACUGGCUGUUCAUUGGAUAAAGCUGUUUCUUUGUAAUUGUUGAAUGUCUCUUUAAUAUUUCACUGCUCCUUCAAAGAAGUUAGAUUAUGUUUGGUAUUAUGGUGGAAGCAUUUAUCAUAGCUUCUCUCACCUCUGGAAAUGAUUUAGAGACCUUUAUUAUCUAAUUUUCCUCAGAUUCUUUAAUUCUUCCCACUUUUCAUUUGAGUAAAUAAAUGACUUUUAUGUAAUUGAAAGUGAAAUUAUUUCAUCUCACCAAAAAGUGAAUUUUAAAUCAGGUGAAGCUGAUACUGACUGACCAGAAGAAUGUAAGCUCCUUGAGCACAAGGAAUGUUGUUGACUUUGUAUCCCCAAACUUAGCACAGUAUCUAGAUGCUGACAAGUGCUUAAUAAAUGUUUGCCAAGCCAAAAUGAAUCUAAUCAGCUACCGUAGAGUAGGACUACAGUCUUGUUCUUGUAGUAUGGAAAGUUUUGCAUUUGUAAUUUGGCAUAGGGUGCUUUCUGUAUUUUAAAUACAAAGCUUUUUUUUAUCUCAUUGUCUUUGAGCCUAGUGGUAGAGAUGCAUCUUGGAAUUUUAUAAUAUCUAAUUUUAAAUUUCCACUUUUUGGAAACUUUUCAAGCUGGCAUUUCAGUUGGUAGAGGAGACAAAUAUAACCUUAAACGGUGUAACUGCUAAUUGAACUGCUUAAAGGCAACUGAUGUGAAAAAUCAAAUCACAUGAAUGUAUAUUUAAAAUAUAAUCUGUAAUACUGGCUAAAAUAUUUGAAAAUAUUUUUCUAAAAUAUCUUAUGAUUGUCACAUUUCUAGUAUUUCAAUUGACACUUUGAACAAUCCUCCAGAAACUUUUCUAGUGGGUUAUCUCAGCGAUACAUUAUAUAUUUAUAUACUCAUAUGUACUUAUGUACAUUUGUAUAUAUGAAUAGUGCAAUAGUCAAAAAUGGCAUCAGGAUUUUUCAAGACGAUUUCUUCAUUUAAGAAAUAGUAGAAUAUGGAACAAGAUGUAAGCUCAAUUAAUAUUUAUUGAAUUACCUUGUCAUAUGUUUUCCUGAACAGAAUAUUCUUCAUGAACUGGAAUAUGUGGUUCCAUUGGGAUCUCAUAGUCUAGGUAGAACAGCACCUAUAAGCAGCAUAGAAGAGCACCAGAUUCUCCCUAGACUGACAGAAUUAUAUUAGGCCACACAUCUCAAGUAAUUUCCCAAUAAUAAAUCCCAGCCCAGUUAUCCUGUGGAAAUUUUUUCCAGAACAAAAAUAUUGUCCUGGCUCUAAUGCCUUGAUGAUCACCCUAAAUUUACAGAAAGCAUCCUUGAAGAUGAUUCUCCAAAGGAAGAUAGCAUUCGAGGCUCACUGUUCUUGUAACCCCAGGGGCCAAGCCUCAAGAAAUCGUUUAGUGAGGGAACAGCCUCUUGUCCCCAUAAACUGGUUCUUCUUUCCAGGAUAUGCUGAUCUCCCUAGCUAGCUUCUACUUAUUCAAGUACCCUUCAGGGUCCAUACAAGAGGUCAGAGGAAAAGUUAGGAGACUUUUCCCUUCUGCUUGAAGUUGUUCACUCAUUACAUGAGAGUACUCUCAGAAGCUGCAGGACCUCUAUUCUUUCCUUAGUCCCCAAUUCUCAUGACCACUGUACUCUGCCCUACAUUGUCCCUAAUUAGAUUAUUAUUCUAAUUCUAGGUCUACCAGCAUUCUUAGGCUUUCGUUAAGUAUUUAAUUGAUGGGAAUGCAAUUCCAUAUACUUAUAGGGGUACAAAGCCAUUGAUGGUUCAAAAGUGUUUCUUUCAAAUUCAUUUACUCCUUGUUCCUUUUAUGUGAUUCGGAAGUUUAACUAUCAGCAGCUCUUCACUGAACCCUAAACUGUUUUAUAUUUACUUUACAUAUACUUAUAUGUAUACAUGUUGUUUCCCCAGAUUAGAAUGUAAGCUCCCAGAGGGCAUGGAUUGAUUCAUAUUGUCUUUGUAUCUGCAAUACUCAGCAGAGAGUGUCUGACAGGGGCACUUAAUAAAUGCUUUUGGAUUGAGAAUUCUUACUUUGUUGAUUUCCUAGAAGUUUGAAAGGGGAAAGAAAUUUUAAGUACUAGUUUUGAUAUUAUUGGACAUAAAUGAAACUUAUCAUAUGCCCAGAAUACAAUUUACCGGAAAUCUCAAUCAACUCUCUCCCCGGCCCCCUUUCUUGAGCUUUUGGAAUAAAGAGCAAAAUCACAAGACAAAGUGAUAGUAAGGAUUUAUUAAAAAUUGUAACAAAGAUUUUUAAAAAUAUAUAUCAGAAUUGGCAUAUAUUUAAAGCUCAAUAUUCUACACUUAAAUUUGUAACAAUGACCGUGAAUAAUAAUCAAAGAAAAAUCAGAUUGUCUAGUUUUGUACUUGUAUUUGCUAUUUCCGAUUCUUUUUAUAAAGGUCUAAAACAACUGGGUUGAAAUGUUUUUCUGGCCAAACCUAAGAUAAACAGAAAAUUUAAGCAAAUCAACAUCCUCCAGUUCUUAAGCAUUGAGGUAUUCAUGACUUAAGUUGUUAAAAAUUAAGAAAUUGUUACACAUCAAAUACAAUUACAGGUUCUUUGUGACUUAUAUUUCAGUAUAAUAAAAGACUAACAACUUUCUACUUA